UAGUGGCAGGCCAAGUGCGAUUGGCCCUGACAAUCGGGCACGGCGAUUGGCCGAUGUUGGCACUGCCAGGAGGCGGAUCCUACCGUCGCGGUCUCAACGUGUUGGGGUGAUGGUAAAGGGGAAAGAGAAUACCCGGCGUCAGCCGUUCCGCGCUCGAAAACGACGCGGCGACGGGGACGGCUCUAGAAAAAGACAGCGAGAGGUUCUAUGGAGAGAGGGUGACACACGGUGUCGCGUACGGGGGGUUUCAGUCUGUGUUCACCCAUGAGAGACACACCACUAUCGGCGACACGCUCCGCUCACGUUGCGAGGGUGAAGGCUCGCUCCUCGUUCGCCAACCGGUCACAUUCUCUCGUUCUUCAAGAGGAUCGCCUGUCGUUUGCGUUGAAUCUGAACGUGUCGCGAUUGGACAAUCGUGAUUUUACCAUUGAAGAGGACAUCAUCGAGAAUAGACCUAAUUUUUAGAAAAAAAAAUAGUAUAAUUCGGAUGAAACAUAUUGUAACACAAGUAGCGCGUGUCAUUUUGAACCUCAGUUGAUCUCGCGUCUGACACGCAUGAGAUGAAGUGACGAGAACGGUGACAGUAGUUACUAGUUAAGUGAAAUGUCAAUGAAGUGUUAAUAAAGGAGAGAAAUUAUACAUGUUUCAUCGAGACGGUAAGCUUCAUACGUAAAUUGUGAGCACAACUGUAAAUUGUGAACAAUUGGAAUUUGUUAAACUGAGUGAUGGAGUCAAAUUGUGCGCGUCAUAGCAAGUGGUCGACACAACAUUGAAAUCAGUGACAAUUGAUCCAAAUUAGAAAGUUUUUAGAAGGAAGAUAUCGGAGAGAAAAGUUUUGGGAAAAAAGAAAAUGUUACGAAGAUUAAUUAUUGGGAGAAAGAUUGAAGAAGACUAUCUUGGAAACAUGAACCGUUAUCCUUAGUGAUGAUCUAACUUUAGUGACCUUGGAUGAUCUCGGACGUUUGAUCCGACCGCGGCGUGAGCCAACGGCGGAGUUGGAGGACGAGUUCAGGAGUGGUGUGGUUCGAAAGGGUGGUGCGACGUUCGGGUACGCAAGUCUGCAGGCCAGCUCUGGGGUGCCGGGCCCGGGCGGGGUGAUGAGCUGCUCCGAUGUGAUGUAUCAAUAUUAUCCUUACAUCUACCAGACCCAUCGGCCACCGCCGCCGCAUCCGAGCCACCCCCAUGCGGCCCCGCACAACCACCCCCACGCUAAUCCGCACGCGGCCCACCACAGCCCAGCCAGACCGGCGCCCUUUCAACCCUUCCCGGCGGCGACGGCGACGCAUCAGUAUGACAGGCUGAAUGUUCACCAAAGAUCCCUGGAAGCAGCCGGUAUCGAGCUUUGCGGCGCCGGCGGAAGCGUCCCUCAAGGUCAGCCGAGCAGCGCGGGUUCCGUAGGGUCCGCGCCGAGUCCUGCGUCCCCAAGGCCAACGCCGCAACCGCGACCACCCCUCGCAACCACCACCUCGCAACCCUCGCGAACGUUGGACGACGACAGAUCGACAGACGGUGAGAUGAUUAAUUGUCUCGGUUUGCAGCAACGUGUGUCUCGUCACGUGAACACCUGCGUAUUAAUACACCGGCUCGCAGGCGUGGGUGCCGGCACCACCGAGGACUCCGACGACGGUGAGAGCAGAGCGCAGUACGUUAACGCGAAUUGCGUCGUGUUCACGCAUUAUCGAGGCGACGCGGCGUCGGAAGUGGAGGAACACUUUCAAAGGGCCCUCGCACACGACAAGUUAAAAGAAAAUAUCUCCCCUAUGUCCAUGAGGAACUUUCCCCCUUCUUUUUGGAAUAGUCAGCAUCCCAGUGAUGUCUACGAGUACCCGACGGAUCCGUGGCAUCCGCAUUACCCGCAGUACCAUCACAGGGCCGUGCACGAGUACCACCACCACAAUAUGGCAGCGGCGGCGAGUUAUAGUGGCCUUCUGCUGGGUGGUGCACGCGGCCUCGGCCACCACACGUCUCACCACGCGGCGCAUCACGCGCACGCCGCGGCGACCUACAAGGAGUGGACGUCGGCGACGCCGUCGCAAUCCCUCGUCGACGCUUCCUCGGCGCCGCCCUAUCCUCACGGCCACUACGCACCCCUCUCCGGUAAGACUCGAGUCUCAAGUUCAGGAUUCCAAGGACCUUUAUUGGUUCUAGGAUCGAGCGUUGAUCGGCAGGAGGCAUGCGAUUUCCUUAAAUUCAGAAGACGACUGAAGGACUGUGUUUCGAUUAAUAAGAAAAUUUAAUAAUGCGAUCUAAACGAUAUAGAUCGUAGAGGCGCGAAUGUAGCGGGAACGAGGACUUUGUUAAGCGAAAAUGACGACUGAGACGUUCGUCGUUGUCAUGUACAUAGUGUUACCUACAUCUUUUAAGGAUCUACUAUUAGCAUAAAACAGAUAGUAUUAGACGAAUACUUGCGCGCACUAUUACCUUUAUAGUGAUUGCAGUGUCUGGCGUCGUGGAGAGAGAUUGGCCGUAAGAAUGCGACCGAGAAUCGUCUUCAGCUGGUACAAUAACGUAGUGCGAUUUAAACCGUCAAGGCAUCUAAAUUUCCCAAAUAAUUAAUAUAUAUCUUUGAUUUUCUUUUCUAAAAUAUUGAGUCUGUAAAUUUGAUAUUUUAUUAAAAAUGCAAUGGUUAAACAAUAACGAUCCAUUCGAAUGCAAUGGUUAAAUAAAAACGAUCCACAUUCAAAAAUUUACUAGAAGCAAUUUUAAAUUUAAAGAGCAAGAUUUUUUUUAAUUUUUUAGUGUCGAGAUCGCUGAUUAGAACUAGGAAAUAAUUAUUUGACAAAUUUAGCUGCCGACUUAAGUGAAGUAUUUAUUGACCAAUGAUCUUGCCAUAUAUAUAAAUAUAUUAUUAUUAUUAAUGUAUCAUAAACAAUAGGCGCCGCAAAUAUUCUAAAAUCUCCCCCGAGUUAGCGAAUUAAAAUAGUUAUUAUCCGACGAGUCAACUCUAUUAUUCUUUGCACCCCUGGCUGCACCUCUCGCACAUCUUACCUCUUCAUCUCUCAAAUCUUUUCCACCCGCUACUCCAUCGUUUAGUAACUGUCCGGUAUAAUCACCGUCGUAUUACCUACAUUAAGCACAUCGUAUCCAUCUCAUGUUAU